AUGAUUACCUCAAACGUACAGAUUGCCAAGCCUUAUCCCUUGAAACAUCAUAGUCCAAGGCGUUUAGUCUUUGAUGUUGACUGUCAAAGAAUAAUAGAAGGCGAUGAACUCUACAUAAAACAUGCUAGAAAUGUAAUGAAAUCAAAGCAAUAUGAAUUUUCAAAUGAUGCAGAUAUGGAAAUGAAAGCUAAAAACUGUAAUAGAUUUUCUGAAAUUUACGACUAUGAAAAUUUCAUUGUCUCCAAGGAGGAGCUCAACUUUCCCCUUGCUUAUACAAUAUUGACACAUAAACAUGCCGUCCAAACUGAAAAACUUCUCCGAGCCAUCUACAGACCACACAACAUUUAUUGUAUUCACGUGGACAAGAGUUCUAGUGCAUCACUUCAUAAAGCCAUAAAGGCAAUAGCAAGUUGUUUUCCAAACGUCUUCAUUGUUUCGAAAGCUGAGGAGGUCAUUUAUGCAAGUUUUUCUCGGUUGCAAGCAGAUCUGAACUGUAUGACGGAUCUUUUGCAAACAACAAAGGUUCGUUGGAAAUACUUGAUUAAUCUACCGUCUCAGGAAUAUCCCCUCAAAACUAAUUUAGAAAUAGUUAAGAUUUUGAAACUUUUCCAUGGCAGAAGUAGUAUCGAGGUUCGUAGUGCUGAAAAAUGGCGUCAUCGCUUUCAAAGGUCACAUAAAGUCAUCGGUAAUAAGGUGAAACCUAUAAACAAGAGAAAGUAUCCGCCGCCCUAUAAUAUAACCAUAGCAAAAGGGAGUGCGUAUGGUGUAUUUAGUCGUAGUUUUGUGAAUUAUUCAAUCAAUGACAUCAGAGCUCAGAGACUUUUAGAAUGGUUAAAAGACACUUAUAGUCCUGAUGAAUUCUUCUGGGCGACUUUAGCAAAAAAUAGUCGCCUCAAUGUUCCAGGUGUCUUCUACAAUAUUGUAGGUGUGAACGUAAGGAGAUUAUGGAUCGCUGUAACCGUGUCCUGGAAUGUGGAGCGUAAAUGCCAUGGGAAAUACGUCCACUUCAUCUGUGUGUUUGGCAUCGGCGAUUUGAAUAAACUGGUGUCGAAGAAAAACCUUUUCGCAAACAAGUUUUACUAUGACUAUCAGCCUUUGGCUUUACAGUGUCUGGAGGAAUGGCAUUUAAAUAAAACUUUCACUGAAGCACACGUUGAUGCUAAUUAUCAUAGAUAUUUAUAA